UUCUUCUUCUUUAUCCACUAGUCUACUCUCUCUCUACUCCUUCAAUAAUCUCUCUCCACUCUCUCUCUCUUGAUGUCGGAAGAUUUCACAGAUUUCAUAUACCGGCAACCGUUUCAAGAUGAUAAUCGCCGCACCACCGCCGCCGGCUUCACAUACUCCGGCAGCCAUUCCUCCUCCUCCUUCGACGAUCAUUCCUCACUACUCAUCAACAACAAUCUGCAAAUGUUCGAUCCUACUUUUGCUGAAUUUCUUCAUGGAUCAAACAACGAUCACACCUCAUUCUCCGCCGCUGUAGACGAUCAGCGGAUACCGGCGCCGGCCACGCCGAACCCCUCGAUUUCGUCGUCCUCGGACGAGGCGGCCGCGGGCGACGAAGAGUCGAAUAAGGGAAAGAAGGAAGCGAAGGAAACCCUUGAAGAUGAAAGCCCCAAGAAAGACUCGAAGGCGAAGAAGAAAGGAGAGAAGAAGCAAAGGCAGCCAAGAUUUGCUUUUAUGACCAAGAGUGAAGUUGAUCAUCUAGAAGAUGGGUAUAGAUGGAGAAAAUAUGGACAAAAGGCAGUCAAAAAUAGCCCUUAUCCAAGAAGCUACUACCGGUGCACGACACAGAAAUGCCCGGUGAAGAAGCGCGUGGAGAGAUCGUAUGAAGACCCUUCGACCGUCAUCACGACUUACGAAGGGCAGCACAACCACCACGUGCCGGCAACCUUCCGUGGAAAUGCGGCAGCAUUGUUUGCACCCUCAAUGCUAGCUCCGCCGCUGAUCCCAUCGGAAGGCCAGGGCUUCCCUCAAGAGUUCUUGUUUCAGAUGCCUCACCUCUUCGGCGGCGGCAACAAUAUGUUUCAUCAACAGAACUUAAGCAGCCAGCAUCAGUUUGUUGACUACGGACUGCUGCAGGAUAUAAUUCCUCCAGUUUACCGUAAAGAGGAGGCAUGAGAGAGAGAUAUCUUGAAACUUCGAAUUUUAGCUACUCAUAGAGAGAGGGUUUCUUUGUUUAUUUAUGUGACUAUAAGAUACAUGUAUCGAUUAUUGAUCGAUCGACUAGAGUCUGCAUACAGACAUAUGACCUUGCUAGACGCUAGUGUAGCAUUAUCUCUCUUCUUCAUCUUCUCUCUCAUCUUGAACAAUAGCUAAUGUAGUACUAGUACAUUUUUA